UGUUGGAACGUGAGCGAUCCACCGAUACAGCUGUCAUGAGAGUUUUUCAAGACAGCAGUCGUUAGUCCCAAUCGCUUCGCAAGUGGUGUAAUAAUUCCAAGGAUCGGGGUUCGAGUCCCCCCGACAGGAUAGUGUUUGUGUGAUUGUGUCGUCGAAACAAGCAACCGACAGUGUGAAAAGUGUUUUUAAUAAAUUUCGGCUAUUAGAAUAUAGGUGGUUAAUAUGGCCGGCCAGACCAUCAACGAUAGAUUGCUAGCGGCGAGGCACAGUAUCGCCGGCCAAGGGCUGGCGAAGUCCGUCUGCAAGGCGACCACGGAGGAAAUGAUAGCCCCCAAAAAGAAACAUUUGGACUAUCUAGUACACUGCACAAACGAGCCAAACGUCUCGAUACCCCAAUUAGCAAAUUUACUGGUCGAGAGGUCGCAGAACACGAAUUGGGUCGUAGUCUACAAAGCACUAAUCACGGUACAUCACAUGCUAGCAUAUGGUAAUGAGCGGUUUACACAGUACCUCGCUUCGAGCAAUUCCUCAUUUCAACUUAGUAAUUUUUUGGAUAAAAGUGGAGUCCAAGGUGGAGCCGUUGGGGCUAAAAUUGGAUAUGACAUGUCUCCGUUUAUAAGGCGAUAUGCCAAAUACCUGAAUGAGAAAGCUUACUCAUACAGGACAGUCGCAUUCGACUUCUGCAAAGUUAAAAGGGGGAAAGAUGAAGGUUCACUCCGCUCCAUGCACGCCGAAAAACUGCUUAAAACCCUCCCUGUCCUGCAGCAGCAACUGGAUUGCCUGCUGGAAUUUGACUGCACAUCAAAUGAUUUAACGAAUGGAGUCAUCAACAUGUGCUUCAUGCUGCUCUUCCGUGAUCUGAUACGUCUAUUCGCCUGCUACAAUGACGGCAUCAUAAAUCUUUUAGAGAAAUAUUUUGAUAUGAAUAAAAAACAGUGCAGGGAUGCAUUAGAUCUGUAUAAGAAAUUCCUGGUUCGAAUGGACAGGGUUGGAGAGUUCUUGAAAGUAGCAGAGAAUGUUGGUAUUGACAAAGGAGACAUUCCAGAUUUGACAAAGGCUCCCAGCUCACUUUUAGAUGCUCUGGAGCAACAUUUGGCUUCAUUAGAAGGAAAGCGAGGAAGCGCUGCCAAUACUCCUACACAAACAGCGAGUAACCAAAAGAAUGUGAAAAGUGGCGUGACUGCAUUAAGUUCGACAUCAAAUGCUUUUGGCAGUGCAGCACAAAGUUCUCGUCUCGAAAAUUCCAAUGGUAUUGAUGAGAAUCUCACACAGGCUCUUGCUGAAGAGGAAGCUGCUAUGAAUCAAUAUAAAUCAAAACUUCAGAGUCCGACAAAUUCAGCCGGAGCAAACUCGAGCACGAAUCCCUUCCUCUCGUCGCCAGUAUCGUCUCAGCCACCUGCUUCGGCAGCUGCCUCCAUAGUGGAUCUGUUUGGUCCAGCUCCACCGGCUUCCACUGGACAGAAUGGAGGCACCGUAUCGGGUAAACCAAGUGACGAUCUGCUGCAAUUAGGAAAUCCAUUUGCUGAUAUGUUUGGACCGCCACAGCCCGCAGUUUUACCGCAGCAGCAACAGCAGAACAAUAUGUGGACUAAUGGUUUCUCUCAGCAAACAACAACGAAUAGCUCGUAUCAGACAGCAACUUUUCAUCAGUUUUGGAAAUUCAGAAACUAA